CCAUUACAACCACCUAUCCGUCUUUCUCUUUCUCUCCUUCUUCAUCUCUCUCUAGUAAAAUUCCCCGGCGGCGCCAACUCCGCCCCCACCACCACCCAUUAUUCUCUCCACCACCCUAUCUUCAAGUCACUACAAAGAGAAGAAGAAAAACAAGAAAAUACUUUCCUUUUUUUCAAUAUUUUUGGCAAUCUCCAAACAAAUAGUUGAUCAUUUAUAUAAAAUUCUCAUUGAUUUAAAAUUUUUCAGAGUUGUGGUCCGCUUUGGCCAUGGCGGACAUCGUGAAAGAGAUCCUGGCAAGGCCAAUACAAUUAGCAGACCAAGUUACAAAAUCAACAGAUGAAGCGCAAUCUUUUAAACAAGAAUGUCUCGAGAUUAAGGCCAAGACAGAAAAACUCGCAACUCUUUUACGCCAAGCAGCUCGUGCCAGCAAUGACUUAUAUGAACGUCCAACAAGACGUAUAAUCGAUGAUACAGAGCAAGUACUAGAUAAAGCUCUUACUCUGGUUAUAAAAUGUCGAGCGACAGGGAUUAUGAAACGAAUGUUCACCAUUAUACCCUCAGGUGCAUUUCGAAAAACGUCUAUGCAGUUAGAGAAUUCAAUAGGAGAUGUUUCUUGGCUUUUACGUGUAUCAGCUUCGGCUGAUGACAGAGACGAUGAAUAUUUAGGGUUGCCACCUAUUGCUGCAAAUGAACCAAUUUUAUGUCUUAUAUGGGAACAAGUUGCUAUUCUUUGUACAGGGUCGUUAGAGGAAAGAUCAGAUGCUGCAGCUUCAUUGGUUUCUUUGGCUCGAGAUAAUGAACGAUACGGCAGAUUGAUAAUAGAGGAAGGUGGCGUACCUCCAUUGUUGAAGUUAGCUAAGGAAGGGAAAAUGGAAGGUCAAGAAAAUGCAGCAAGAGCUAUUGGUUUAUUGGGACGUGACCCAGACAGCGUUGAACAGAUUGUGAAUGCUGGGGUUUGUACAGUGUUUGCGAAAAUCCUCAAAGAAGGUCAUAUGAAAGUUCAAGCAAUGGUUGCAUGGGCGGUUUCUGAAUUAGCGGCAAACCAUCCAAAAUGCCAGGACCAUUUUGCACAAAAUAAUAUAAUUCGGUUUCUGGUUAGUCAUCUUGCUUUUGAGACGGUUCAAGAACAUAGUAAGUAUGCAAUUGCAAGCAAGCAACAGAUGUCUAUUCAUUCGGUUUUCAUGGCUAGUAAUAAUACUAAUGAUAAAAAGGAGAAUGAAGAAGAACAUGUGAAAAUUGUUCAUCCAAUGAAUCAUGAUAAUAACUCUGCUACACAAAUGCAUAAUGUUGUAACCAACACUUUGGCAAUGAAACACCAGAAUCCUACCCAAAAUCCUAACCAUUUAGCAAGUCUUUCAAAAACUCACCCAACCCAAUUGAGAGGAAAUAAUCAAAAUAAUCCAAAACAACAUCAUGUUUUAACUGGGACUAGCAUUAGGGGAAGGGAAUAUGAAGACCCAGCAACAAAAGCACAUAUGAAAGCAAUGGCAGCAAGAGCACUUUGGCAACUAUGCAAAGAAAAUGUUACAAUUUGUCGUAACAUAACAGAGUCGCGUGCACUUUUAUGCUUCGCAGUUUUGUUAGAGAAAGGCCCUGAAGAUGUUAAAACCCAUUCAGCAAUGGCAUUAAUGGAAAUAACAGCGGUAGCAGAACAAACUGCUGAUUUGAGACGCUCAGCUUUUAAGCCUACAUCCCCUGCUGCAAAAACUGUGGUUGAUCAAUUACUUAAAGUAAUUGAGAAGUCAGAUUCUGAUCUCCUCGCCCCUUGUGUUAGAGCUAUUGGUAAUUUGGCCAGGACUUUUCGCGCAACAGAAACUAGAAUUAUCGGUCCCUUGGUGAAGUUACUAGACGAAAGGGAAGCUGAGGUCACAAUGGAAGCUGUGGUUGCUCUUAAUAAGUUCGCCUGCACGGAAAAUUACCUUUGUGUCAACCAUUCCAAGGCUAUUAUAAAUGCAGGAGGUGCUAAGCAUCUAAUCCAAUUGGUUUACUUUGGAGAACAAAUGGUUCAAAUCCCUUCAUCGAUUCUUCUUUGUUAUAUAGCAUUAAAUUGCCCAGAUAGUGAAGUUCUUGCAAAUGAAGAGGUGCUUAUUGUACUAGAAUGGUCAUCAAAGCAAGCACAUUUGGUUCAGAACCCUACAAUUGAUUCUAUAUUACCAGAAGCAAAGAGUAGAUUGGAACUCUAUCAGUCUAGAGGUUCAAGAGGAUUUCAUUAAUUAAGUAACUCAUGCAAUUACUUAAUCUCUACAGCAUUCAUGAUUACUAUAACAUUUUUUUGUUAUUUUGUUCUCCUUGAGAGUGUGUACAUAAAAGUAGCAUUCUUGUUAUGAUCAUCAAAUCUUAAUUGUAUGAUAACUAAUUCUUUUAGGAGAUUGUAUACCCAGAUGUUGCAAAUUACUUCUUCUUCUUCUCU